AUGAACUGGCUCCGUUUCGCUAUAGCAGGCUGGCUUUUUUCCAAUACAGCCAAGGCAGGCGAACAGCUGCUAUCGGUCGCGGAAAGCAUAGCCAUCUUCAAAGAGGAGGAGCCGGCGCUCCGAGAAAGCUUGUGGUUCCUUACCGAUUAUAAACCUGCACAAGACGACCAGGUCCACCUGGCUCUCGACGUGGACUACUACGACGAGGCAGACAACAUAAAGAAAAAAUACUGGAACUCCAAGCUCUCCGAACGACAAUUGCAUGCCCUGGAUUCCCUGCACCGCCUGGCCGACGAACACAACGACACCGACGCUACCUAUCUGCUGGCCCAAAUCAACCUAUUUGGCAACUACUCGCUGCCAACGAACGCAACACAGACACUCCAUUACCACCAGAAAAUGGUCCAGCUGGCGCCCAACGCGACCUCAAACUACCUGCUGGGCUUCAUCUACGCAACGGGUCUUUUUGGCAAGCUGGACAUGGACCAGGGUAAAGCGCUGCUCCAUUACCAGAUCGCCGCCGACCAGGGCGAGAUCCGCGCGGCAAUGGCAUUGGCAUAUAGAUACUACAAGGGCAUCUCCGUGGAGCAGAACCUGAUGCUGGCUCUGUACUACUACGGCAUGGUUGCGCACGAAUGCUUUGAGUUUAUCAAGAACGGGCCAAUUGGCGGACCUAACAUCGAUCACUUCAAUUUCCGCAUCUACGACCUUCAGGGGGGCCUGUAUGGCUCAGGAGCGAGCGAAACAACACCCGUUGUUCCUUCAACAUUGAAAGAGGUGAUUGAGUAUGAGGACUUCACAGACGUCGAUUUCCAGUCCGCUUCCUACAAAGACAAGGCGCGGUCCGUGCGCCACUACUACGACGGCAACUACUGGAGACCGCGCGACUACAACACAGCCUUUGAGAUAGCCCAAGAAUGCGCAACUCGCGGAAUCCAGCUGAGACCUGUCCAGGACGUGCUAGACGGUAAAAUCGACCGGAAACUUUCAGUUUCGCGGACUCUGAUCCAGAGUGUUGGCCAGUGUUGUUCGGAUCUAGGCCACAUGUACCUCAGAGGCGAAGGCACGGAAAUGGACCUGGAGAAGGCCAGAGUGUGGCUGGAGAGGGGCGUGAAACUGGCCAACUCCGCGGAAGCGAGCGUCGAUCUCGGACUUCUGUACGAAUUGAUGGACGACGAAGAGCAUCGCGCACAAGCGUUCGAGCUCUACAACUCUGCGCGUUACGCGUCCGCCAGGGCUCUGUACCAUCGAGCCAAAAUCCUCAUAAGAAGCGACUUCGAGUCCGGAAUGGGCCAGCUCAUUACCGCAGCGUACAGAAACGUCCCGGAGGCCAAGUACCAGGCGGCACAGUUGAAGGAGCUCCAGUACGAGCCGGGCAAAGAAGAGGGAAUCAUAGUGUUCUACAAGGCUUUUGUGGAGCACAUGGAGCCGGUCGUCUGCGACUUGCAAUGGGCGUUCCACCAGCUGCUGAACAGAAAUCAUGAACAGGCCCUUAUUGGAUACGCCAUGGCUGCAGAGCAGGGAUUCGAGCCGGCACAGUCGUCCACAGCGUUCCUGCUCUAUUCGCCUGUCGGGUAUCUCGAGGAGCCUCCCAGGGUUCCGUUCGAGCGGUUCCAAAGCUCGCUGAAUUACUACAGACGCGCGCACCAGCAACAAAAUCUGGACGCGGGAGUUUUUCUUGGGGAUAUCUACUACAACGGGCUCAAAAACUCACAGAUCGGAAAGUCGGCAGAGGACGCAGAGUAUGCUGUGGAGCCGGACUACAACACGGCGUUUUCGUACUACCUCUCCGCUGCAGCAAAGGGAAGUCUUCAGGCCAGAUUCAACCUCGGCUACAUGUACGAAAUGGGCAUUGGACUGAGCCAGGACUUCCAUCUGGCCAAAAGGUACUACGACCAGAUGUUUGAGAUAAAUCAGAAACCGUCGUUGGCUGCGCAGCUGUCUCUUCUGCGUCUCUGGCUGAAGAUCUGGUGGUACGGCGAGAAAACCGCUGAAGACGCAGACGUUGAACAGUCGACGAGCAGAACGUGGGACGAUUGGGUGCAGAUGUACACGAGACUCAGAAACGAGAGACGCGAGACCUCUGCACAGGAGCAGCUGGCAAACGGGCCCAACAGUGCCGGGCCAGACCCGAACUUCAUUUUCGAGAGCACUUUUGAGAACGGCAACGCCGACAUUUUCUUUCUUAUCGCGUUUGCAUCGAUCUUCCUGCUAGUCAUGCUGAACCGAUGGCGUCUUCUGCGCCAACGGCGGCCGGGAGAGCCCGACGACGAGCCUGGAGACGAGCCAAACGUGAGGUUCCGGGUGAUACUUUUAUAG